AUUUUUUGYAGUGUCAGGYUGCUUGCAGCGGUUCUCCCAGAGGAUAGAACAGUGUUACCCUCUGCGGGAGGUGGUGCGCGGUUAGUUAAAAUCUUUUGUGUGBGUUUGGAGAGUACUUAGUUCGAGGAUUCAGUUAACGUGUGAGCCAUCCCAAAAGUCGUUUGCCCGCGAUUCAGUGAACAAUAGCAAUGGAUACCGUUGCYCGCCAAGAGAAACCGGGUGGAGACCCGUCCGCCCCCUUGCUUGAGUUUCUAGAAGCUUUCAAAGCUAGACCCUCUCUCCCUGGGUUGGACUGUGCUGCAGAGCACUGGCACAGCGUGCAAAGYGUGGUAGAUCGUAUCACGGCUUUGCGAUUGAAAGCAAAAUCUAAACCGAGGGAAGRCAAGGCRGUUGUCUGUGCUGUGUUGGGAGCGGCACUCGCUUCAGCCGUGCGAGAGCGAGCAGCCCAGAGCCAUAGAGAGACGGCCGUGAUUAAAACUCUGCAAGCACAAGUUCGGUCCCUGCAAGCCCAAGUGGCAGAGCUAGAAGGACAGCUAGAAAAAAGCAGAAAUCAGAACAGGAGUUUGAUACAAAUGUUGCAAAAGGAGCCAGUUCGGGAGCCCGCCAUGCCGGCUGCUGCAGGGGCGUCCCCGGAUGACAGCACGGCCGGAGCGCUCCCUCCGGCAGAACCCAGGAAAGUGCAGACAGGCUCGCAGAUCCGGCCCGACGGCGCGGUCCGUCUGUGCCCGCUGAUAAAAACUGAGUUUUUGUAUGAGAAUAAUCAGGACCAAGCACCUGUAAUUACAACGAAAGAGGUCCCCUUUACUGCUACUGAACUAGCCAAGUUAAAAAAAGAUUUUAGCAGACACCCCCGGGAAUCUGAAACAGAAUUUGUUUGGASAGUUUCUUUGAGUGGGGGGGACCAAAUCCUUCUUAGUGAAAAGGAAGCHGAGGGAUAUUGGGGACCUGGAGUGUUUCUUACCACAGGGGACCACCGAGCCCCGUGGUCCCUAACCCAGAGAGCAGCUUUCUGGGCUGGAAGUUUAAACCCUCUGGAGAGAGGUGAUCCUCUAGCCAUAGAAUGUAYCACAGAUGAGAUAGUUGAAAGUGUCCAAAAGGCAGCAUGUAUUCAAAUGAUGUAUGAGCGUAAGCUAACCCCAUUACAAGAAUCGCCUAUGAUGCUGAGAGUAGAUGCUGAUCGGAUGACCCCACUAAUCAGAGGGCUUCCUGAUUCUCUAAAACCAAUGGCAAUACAAUUACAAGGGAARAUACAGGCUUUGGCCCCACUUGAGAGAGUGGCUGCUGCCUUGGAGGGUACCAUCUCUUCCCCUGCAGGAAAUGGCACUGCCCAGGGAGACAAGGUAUGGACUUGGGGAGAGGUAGCUCAGGAACUGAUUAAUUUUGGACGGAAGUACGGUCGCGUAACGCUAGUAGUCAGCAAACCAGAGACUCUUGAGGUGAGACAUGCACGUUCUAGUCCUAGACUAUCACCUAAGUUUUCCCCACAUUCUAACCAGAGUGAGCAGAAGCAUCCACUCACAAGACAAGCAAUUUGGUCACAAGGUUUGCAAAAGGGAAUCCCGAAAAGGCUAAUGGACGGUCUCUCCACAGACCAACUAGAACAGGUAGUGUCUAAGUGGCCAGACAGG